AGUUAAUUUGCGUGCAAAUUGAUAUGUAUGAAGUAUAUUUACUUUUAUUUGAAUUGAUCGUGCAAAAAUUUCUUUGAGAAGGCUCACCUUAGCUGUCGCUAAAUUGAAACCUACCUACAACAAUGCGGGCUUGUGAUUAUAUUUGCACACUUAUGGAGAUAUAAAUGUGUGUAGACAGAUAGCAAGCGAAAGCUACGAAAAAAAAAAUUAUGUUAAAAACAAACCGGAUAUUUCACUAAAGCUAAGCUUUAAUAAAAAAAAUUAAACGCAGCCGCCGUCAGUCGACAAUAAAAUUUCGCAAAUAUCGCCGUAAAUUGGAAGACAAUUAUUUUAAAGAGAAAAUUGCUUAAAGCACGCAUUGUCACAUACUAUAACUAAAAAUAUUGUACAUAAUUUUAAAAAGCAGUAAACCUACAUUAGGUGAAAUAACAACAAACCAAUACUUAGAACGUUCCAAAGAGUUACCCAGUCAAUAAUAAAAUAAAUUAAAUAAGAAAAUAUAAAAAAAUAAUUAAUAAAUAUGAUCAACAUGGACAUUAGCGUAACACCGAAUUAUUCGUACAUUUUCGAUUUCGAAAAUGAUUUUAUCCACCAACGCACACGCAAAUGGAUGGUCGAGAAUUGGACUUGGGUAUUCUACUAUUGUGGCAUUUAUAUGUUGGUGAUAUUUGGCGGACAGCAUUUUAUGCAGAAUCGUCCCAGAUUCCAACUGCGCGGUCCAUUAAUUAUCUGGAAUACAAUGCUCGCCAUGUUCAGUAUUAUGGGUGCCUUUCGAACGGCACCAGAACUUCUGCAUGUGCUGCGUCAUUAUGGCCUUUUCCAUUCCGUUUGCGUUCCUAGCUACAUCGAACAAGACCGCGUCUGCGGUUUCUGGACCUGGUUGUUUGUGCUCUCCAAGCUGCCCGAACUCGGCGAUACAAUAUUCAUUGUAUUGCGAAAGCAGCCGCUCAUUUUCCUGCACUGGUACCACCACAUCACUGUGCUCAUCUACUCUUGGUUCUCGUACACCGAGUACACCUCGUCGGCGCGUUGGUUCAUCGUCAUGAACUACUGCGUCCACUCGGUAAUGUACUCGUACUAUGCGCUGAAGGCGGCGCGUUUUAAUCCGCCGCGCUUCAUUGCCAUGAUCAUCACGUCGCUGCAAUUGACGCAAAUGAUUGUCGGCUGUGCGAUCAAUGUGUGGGCCAAUGGCUUCCUCAAGACGCACGGACGUCAAUCGUGCAACAUCUCACAGACCAACAUCAACCUAUCGAUUGCGAUGUACUUCAGCUACUUCGUGCUCUUCGCGCGCUUCUUCUACAAGACAUACUUUUCGCCGGCCGGCAAGAAGACACGCCGCAUGGCAGCAUCUUUGGCUGCGCAAAACACCGCCAAACUCUCAUCGCCCAGCAGUGACAUGUCGUCGAAGUCGUCGCUACUAUCCGACAGCAGCAAUGGCGCACUGAACGGCAACGCCGCCAACGGUGUCGCUGCGUUUCUGCACAAACCAAAGUCGCAGUAAGCCGGCGACGGCGUCAACGACGGCAUCGGCGGUGUUGGCAAAGGUUAUAUUGUUUUUUUUUUUCUUGUUUUUGGUGGGAUAUUUUAGCGGGUGCCGAAUGGUGAAUGAAAGCGUUUGAGAUAUGUAUUUUUGGAGUUCGUGAGCAAUGGAUAAGUCAAAAGUCAGUAGUCAGUAGUGUGUA